AUGAUAAUAUCUGGACCUAGUUAAUUGUACUAAUCCAUCAAAUUAUUGGGUUCUGGUUCCUUUGGAUCUGUUUAUUUAGUCAAGGAACUUAAUACAAAAUAAGAAUACGCAUGUAAAAUUGUAAAUAUUGUACUCUCUAUUUCUCAGAUAUCUAAACUGCAUAUAUCAAAAUACGAUGCCCUUUAAUUGAUAUAAAAUGAAAUUAGAAUUCAUGCUUCUUGCAAUCAUCAAAACAUAGUGAAACUUUAUUCCUAUUGGGAAGAUUGUACAAACAUUUAUAUUCUUCUUGAAUAUUGCAGUAAAGGACAUCUAGUUGAUCCCAAAACUCCCUUCAAUGAUGAUGAUGUCUUUCAAGUAUUUCAUUAAAUACUUAGUGGAGUUAAUUAUUUGCAUCAAAAUAACAUUAUUCAUCGAGAUUUGAAAGUAACUUUAUCAUCCUAGUCAAGUUUGAAAAUAUUCUAAUACAUGAAGAUGGUACAUUAAAAUUGUGUGAUUUUGGUUGGGCAAUCAAAGUUGAAUAACUACCAGUUCCUAAUGUUAUGUGCGGAACAACUGAUUACAUGCCGCCAGAAGUUGUAUCGAAAUCCCCACUUGAUUUUAAAUUAGAUACUUGGU